AGCGGGGAAAGGUGCGAUGCAGGACCGUUCCUGCUACAAGCUCACACAGGAAGGGGAACGUCUUUUUCGCAUGCAAAAGUAUGAGAAAGGCAUCGACUUGUUGAAAAAAGCGUUGGAAGUAGGCACAGAUGAUUUUUCAUUACUCUCGGCUAUCUAUUGUCAGCUCGGAAAUGCACACACAAUGCUUAAAGAUUAUGAGCAAGCUCUCAAGUUCCAUACGUAUGACAUUCUUGUUGAAAGAUUGCUUGGAAACAAGGAGGGAGAAGCAAAGUCGUGUGCCAACUUGGGAAAUAUAUUCAAGAUGAAAGGCGCUUACAACGACGCGCUCACCUUCACAUUCAAACAGCUGGAUUUUGCCGAAGAGUUGGGCGAUAGACCUACAAUGAGACUUCUGAAUGAAAUCUAUGUCAUUUGAAAGGGGACCUGCAAACUAGGUUACCACAAAAAAUUUAGCGGCAGAAGAGCACGUUGAACUACCAUAAAAACCAUCUGAAAAGGAUCAAUAUUUAAUAGAGCUGUGAAAUUGCAUCCAAUGUUGAUUUUUGCGAACUUCUAGUGGUUUUCGGAAAGUUUACAGGUUCUCAAAUCUCGAGCUUAUUACAACAUUGCGACGAUUUAUGUGGAGCGAGGGCGAUGCACAAAACUGGAAGCUGCUGAAGAGAAAAAUGACGCCAAAAAUGCAGAAGCCACUUCGGAUUUUGAGAAUGCUGCCAAGUACUUUAUGCUAAAUCUGGAGAUGUCGGAAAAAUCGGAAGAUGCGCUGACGAUGGGGCGAUGCUACGGCAGCUUAGGAAAUACUUAUUAUUGCCUUGGAGACUAUGACCAAUCUAUCCACUUUCAUAAACUUAGACUUGAAUUAUCUCAACAAUACGGAGACCGAGCGUCGAUGCGUCGCGCUCACGCCAAUAUCGCAAAUUGUCACGCGUUGAAGUCGAACAUGCCGCUGGCUAUUCAGCAUUAUAAACUAGCUUACAACCUGGCCAUUGAGAUUGGCAACAAAACAGAGGAAGCUCAAAUGGCUUACUCGUUGGCCAACGCCCUCUACAUUGGUAAAGAAGUCCAGAAAGCAAUCACCUAUUUCCAACGUCAUCUUAAAAUUGCACGGAGUUUAGAAGACAUAUCGGGACAACUGCGAUCAUACUACUCACUUGCGCUGUCAUUCAACAACCUUUGUGAACGUCGCAAGGCACUUUAUUUUCUGGUCCUCGCAAAACGGAGUUCUCUUCAGGUGAACGACACCAGUGCGCUCACUGACAUUGAUAACUUGCUCAACGAAAUUCUGGAGGCCGGACAAGAAGACGUGCUUGUUGACGAUAUCGAGCUCAUAAUUGACGAGUCAGCCGACCCAGCACCUGCUGAUAUUGAGCAUCGCGAACUUCGUCUUACCUACUUUCAAAAACGCAAUAUUCACGAUAAACCAGUCAAUACGCCGGAGGAUCCGCUCGCCGAGGACCGCUACGAGAAGGAAGAGUUCUUUGAUAUGCUUGCAAAGCUGCAGUCGAAACGGAUGAACGAUCAACGUGUCGACGCGUCAGUUCUCAGUUCAAAUCUUGACUUUCGAGUUCGCCAAGUGGACACUGAGCCCGACAACUCAUCGACUGAUGGUUCUGAGGUACUGAUCGAUUUGCUUCUGAACGCUCAAGGACGAAGAAUGGAUGAUCAGCGGGCGCCAUUCUUGCCGGGGCUCAAUCCGAACGGACAGAUUAUUCUUCGCAGACUCAAUACAGAUCCCGGAAACGAGGAGCUAGAUGAACAUCUUGUCGAGUGGCUGAUGCGUGUUCAAGGCGAACGGCUUGACGAGCAACGUAGCGAGCUGCCACCUAUCAAACCAGAGGGUCAGGAAGAAGUUGACAAGAAAAAAGAAGAAGAUGUGACCGCAAUUGUGAUGCGCAUGCAAGCCGGUCGCCUCGAGGACCAAAGAGCACAUCUUCCAAACAUUCCAACCUCAAAGAAUUGAUUGUUCGCAGCACUAUCACUUUGUAUAAUACCAUACCGCAAAAGCUUUAAAUUUGAUCGAUUUGCCAUUUCUUCUCAUUUGCUAAAGUUGUUUCUUUUACCCACUUCCAACUCCAUCAACCACAUUUUUUGUUUCCAUUUCAAAUUUUCCAGCGUUCCAAAAAACCGUUGUCUCCUGAUUCAUAUUCAAAGUUUAUAAUGUUCGUUCCUAAAUAUUUAUUGAAUUCUUAUUACAUUGGAUGCCAUCGUUCUCCCCUCUAACUAGGUCAUCUAUUUCAAAUGCAUCAAAGAGUGCUAAUUGUGUGCAGAUA